GCCUAUAUCUUACGGAAAAUCAAAUAUAAUCUUGACAUACCAUAUGGUGUACGUAUUACGAUCGUCUUGCUGCCUGUCCCGGCUUACAUCCCAUAAUUUCAACUUAUGAAUAUUAAUAACCUACGCUAAUUAGGAAAUCAAAUAGUUGUCGUCUACAUUAAUACUCGAUUUUUUUAAAGACAAAAAAUAUAUUUAAGUUCUGAUUAGCUUUUACUAGUACGCAUUGCCUCUUUAUCCUUGUAUUUUGAGUAUUCGUUCAUUAUUUUCCUAACUUUCUAUGGAGAUGGGUCACGAGACCAACGGAUGGCCAAUGGACUCAGACACACCGGCUGAGACACAGGGAGCCCGGCGAGCCCGGCUGUAGUUGAACAAAUAAAUCAAUAAAGUACUCUGGGUUUCCUGUGUUGAGAUUUGAAACAUUAUUAACUUGGAACCUUUCAAUUAUGCACAAAAUAUUUAAUUUCGAUUUGACUCCAUCGUCAAAUUCUUUUUAUUCUUCCUCGAACGUUAGGUAUUACCAAGUACUUCCCAAAAACGAAAUAAAAAAGAGCUCGAUCAUUAUGGUCAGCGGUAUACGCGUCUUCUUUCCUAGUCCGCCAUUUUGUGAGUUGUUUUGAGACGCCGCUGACCAGUACGAUAGGGCGAUCGCAAGCGUACUUCCGCGGUGCCUGCGUAGAGAGGAUGCGCGCAAACAAUGCUUGUGAACGUCCUUAAAAGCACACGUUUCUUUUAUUAGUUUGGCUGCUUUCUGAUGUACGAAGAUGGAUGUGAUGAACGAACAAGACAAUAAAAUAAUUCAGAAAAAUUACGUUCGACUUCUCGAGACCWUGGAAGYACAMAACCUUUUGGGCUACCUGUAUCAAGAGGGUGCGUUGAGCGAUCAUGAUAAAGAAAAAAUAUACGCAUUAGGUACCUCCAAAGAAAAGGCUGAAACUUUAUUAGUCAUAAUAAUGAAGAGAAAGGAUGGCUUGAAAAUGCUGAUCAAGGCGCUGCUACUAUCUAGAGUCCAAGGGUUUUUGGGGAAUGAACUACUGGAAAUAGUUACAUGGGGUGAACGAGAGAUGGAGACUUUUAAACUCGAACUGCAGGGCAAGAUCGAUCAUCAGCAGAUGCUUGAAGCGAACGUGGCAGCUUUGAAGCAAGAAAACAACCAGCUAAAAGAGAAGAAUGCUAACCUCACAGAAAGACUUCAGGAGAAAGACGAGACGAUAAUUGCCCUGAGACAGCAACUGCAAGAGAAAAAUAGGAGAGACGUGCCAAAACAACCCAAACUCUCUCGAAGUCCUGCAUUUCUCCAUACAUGUAAUGGAAAGCACCGGCGGUCCCAGUCAGAGACAAGAUAAACAGCUGGAAUACUAAUAAUAAACUUUAUUUAUACACGGAAUUACAUCAUCUAUAUCUAUAAAUGCUCUUCCUGAGAGCCUUGUCAUACAAGACAAAGGUAGAGAAGAUAAGAAAUAUAUAUGUACAAACAAAUACUAAAUUAAGAAUUUACUAAUAAAAUACUUUUAAAACUGA